AAAAAUCGAGGCUAACUGACGCGCCUGCACAAUGCGUGGUCGGUCUUCAGCAUCAGUCGUCGUUGAACCCUCGUCUCGCGAGCAGCUACGACCGUCUCGGCGAAUCGAAAGCGUGAACACACAUCAGACGAAAUGGCUACCAUCACGAGGCUGACAAUCAUAAAAUUCCUUGAGCUUAUCUUGGUGUGCAUCCUCAUCGGAUUGCACUACAACUCCUUCAAUGCCGGAGAUCAGCAUACCGCGAUGAUAACCAUGGGUACCUUUGGGGGAUACCUGAUUAUUCUGGUCGGCCUGUUUAUCGGAAGCGUGAUGGGAACGCCGGUGAACCGCCGCGUGGAUCUCUUCUUCUCGCUCGUUGGAUGCGCCUUGUUCAUCGCCGCGGGCUCGCUCAACAUCGACUACUUCCAGAAGUUGGUGCACAAGUCGGCGUUCCGCGAUACCGGCUUGGCCAAAGGCUCACUCAGCAUUAUCGAGGGCAUCGUUUUCCUCGUGGACGCGUUCCUCACUUUUCGGGGAGAGAAUUGAGAUCUGAGUCGCUUUUAAAGUACAACACGGGGGACUGCACGGCCGGCAAUCGGUGUUAAUCACAUUCCGCGAUCGGCGGAAAUCUUUUCUUUCUUAUAAUCUGCAAAGGAUUGAAUACUGCCAAAGAAGUUCCCUGAAGGAAACUUUCUUUUUCAGCCGGGUUAGCCAGGUGCGUGCUACGCGAACGCGAAUUGCACGCGCGGCGGCCGCGGCGUCGCGGAGUUCCGCCGAUUUCUCUGAAUUAUGCGAAGCACGAAUUUACGAAGCUUCGUGAAAUUCAAUGCCAAAUUGAAUUGCGAUCGCACUUAUAAGCCGCGGUGCAACUUCAUCCUCACGAUUCUUACACAUGAAAAAUUUCGGUAGCCUUGAAGGCUUGAUUAUUAACGGCAGCCUCCUAAAUAUUUCGUAAAUAUUUAAACGCGAUCGUCAAGCGAAAGCGAUAGUUGAACGCCAGGCACGAGAGAGCGUGCCAUUCUUCUGCAGAAUUUACAUUAAUUUCAAAGCUUUCCUCUAUAAAUCAAAUCGCGAAUGGCGACGGCUCGGAUAACCGAGCUCAGCCAUGAAAUUUUUAGACGAGGUGGUUUCGUGCACGGGGCGGUUGGCAUUGCGAAGAGCGAGGACAGAAAUUCACGACUUGUGCCAUUUGUUUUGCACUUCGCACGAAGUGCCCGUCGUUUCAUCGGGAUUAAUCCACGUUUCUUUAACUCUCACUUAACUUGUUAGGAUUCCGAUUUAAAAACAAAAACUUCAGAAAUUUAAUCAAGAUAUAAGAUAUUCGCAAGAUACACUUUCUCUUAAUUAAUAAAAAAAAAUUUCUGGACCGUUUAAAUCAUGCUUACAGACUGUAAAUGUGACUUCGUGAUGGUAUCUAACCGAUGAUAGUACAAAACGUGCAUGAUCACAUGACAAUGAUAUAUACUUGCAUAUUAUACUUAUAUACAUAUAUAUAUUAUAUAUAUACAUAAUAUGUUAAUUAAUAUAAAUAAGCGGCAGUCCCUUCGUAUAGAAGCAGGCCAGUUUUUGGUAUCAUAAUCAUUAAUAAUGUACUGAUUAUCGCACUCGUAAGUUUAAGUUAUGCUAUUCUGAGAUUUGACAAAGUAUAAGCGAUAACAAGAAGAAAAGGAACGAUAACAUCGUGACACGUUUUUAUAUACGACGUCAUUUGAUUUUGUAUCUUGGCGUUGAAAUAAAUUUCUUGUGUCCGCCCUCUUUUCACGAGUAUAUUCGCGAAAUAUUUAUCUUUGAUUUGUACGUUUUUACGCUAAGACUUCAACAAUAAAGGAAAAUUAUGAACAAAAGA